UCACUACUAAAUAAUUCUUGUCGCGAUAUUAAAGCCACUGCUUCAUUUUCCACUUCAUUUUCUGCAUUGCUUCAACUCUUUCCAGUUUCUGCAACUUCAAUUCCGUACGAGCUGAGACGGGUGAGGAUGAAAAUGGUGGAAAGCAGCGAAGAAGAAGAUGAUUUCCCCUCAAUGGAGAGCGUCACCCCUCAGUCCAAGAUCGACACCAUAUACCAGUCCAAGACUGAAAAGGGUAUCAGGAAAAUCUGUUUCCAGCUUUUGGAUCUGAAAGAUUCAGUUGAAAACAUGUGCAGUAGUAAUAUACAGACAAAGCAUUUCCCUUUCUUGAGAUUAUCCGAUGAAGUAGUUGAAGCAAAGCACGAGCUAAAUGAGCUCCAAAAGCAUAUUUCCACACAGGGGCUUCUCGUGCAGGAUCUCAUGAGCGGCGUAUUUCAUGAAUUGGAACAAUGGAGCCGGGCCGGCGACAGUGUCGAGGAAGCCGAUGACGACUCACAAAUUUACGAAAUCGAAGGUAUAUUCCCAACUGAAAAGGAGGACCAAAGGAUGCAAUUCUUGGAGCACAUUGACGUUCUUCUUGUGGAGCACAAAAUAGAAGAAGCCAUAGACGCAAUCGAUGCCGAAGAACGGAAUCAUCUGGAAACAAACGAUGAAGCCUCCUCCUUUAAGUCCGCUUUGUCGAAUAGAAAAACGACACUCGAGAACCAGCUCAGUGAAAUUAGUCAACAGCCCUCGCUUAGUAUUCUAGAACUAAAGAAGGUGCUAUCUGGUUUGUUAAAGCUCGGGAAAGGUCCCGUGGCUCAUCAAAUAUUCCUGAAAUCUUACGGGUCCCGCCUCCAGAGAAGCAUAGAGGAUUUUCUUGCCUUGUGCCCUUGCUAUCCCGAGACGUACUCAGCUACACUGUCUAACCUUGUCUUCUCCAUGAUUUCACUGGCCACUAGAGAAUCUGGCCUCAUGUUUGGGGAUGACCCUGUUUACAGCAAUAGGGUCGUUCAGUGGGCGGAAUGGGAAAUAGAGUCUCUGAUCAGAUUGGUCAAGGAGAAUGCGCCGCCUUCUGAGACUUCUUCUGCCUUACGUGCGGCGAGUGUAUGCGUUCAGGCAAGUCUUAGCCACUGCUUGGCCCUGGAAGCACAGGAUCUGAAGCUGAGGAAGCUGCUGCUUGUGCUUUUGCAGCCAUAUAUUGAGGAAGUUCUUGAGUUAAAUUUCAGAAGGGCUAGGAAAGUGGUUCUUGAUCUGGAUGGAGGAGAAGAGAGCAUGCCUUUGUCUCCUCGUUUUGCGUCUCCUCUUUCCACUUUUUCUAUCUCGUCUGAUCGUAUGCUCGUUGAUUGCGGGAUGAGGUUCAUCUUUGUUGUCAAGGAGAUAGUCGAGCAUUUAACACGCUCAGUCAUCCUACAUUUCGGGGGAAACCUACUGACCAGAAUCGCCCAGCUUUUCGAUAGAUAUGUCGAUAUCUUGAUUAAAUCCCUAACCGGGCCCACAGAAGACGACAAUCUCUCGGAUUUGAAGGACCCCGUGCCUUUCAAAGCCGAGACAGACUCCCAGCAGCUCGCGUUACUCGGGACCGCCUUCACUAUUGCUGAGGAGCUGCUGCCUAUGGUGGUUUCCCGAAUUUGGAAUGUGCUGAAUGAGAGCAAGGAAGCUGGGGCUGGGAAGGCUGAUAAUGUAUUGCCUCUGGUCAACAUCAGUGUCGAUCCUAAAGAUUGGAGGCGCCAGCUUCAGCAUUCUCUGGACAAGCUCAGAGAUCAUUUCUGUCGACAAUAUGUUUUGAGUUUCAUAUAUUCACGAGAUGGGGAGACUAGAUUGGAUGCACAGAUUUAUUUACGUGGUAAAGGGCAAGAUUUGACACGGAAUGCUGAUCCUCUACCCUCUUUGCCGUUCCAGAUACAUCAUAUCGUGCAGGCGCUAUUUGGGAAGCUUCAGCAGCUAGCAGCCGUGGCUGGUGAUGUUCUGUUGGGAAGAGAAAAGAUACAAAAGGUUUUGCUGGCUAGGCUAACCGAGACAGUGGUGAUGUGGCUUUCUGAUGAACAGGAAUUUUGGGGUGUUCUUGAGCAUGAUUCCGCUCCUCUUCGCCCUCUUGGAUUGCAGCAGAACUGUUACUUGGUUGAAAGUUCUUCACUGCCCGAGGAUGAGUGGUUUGUGGAGACUGCAAAAGGGGCCAUAAACAAGCUUCUGAUGGUGGGGUCUGGUUCAGACGCGUCUGAGAUUGAUGAACACAUCAUGAUGGAUGAUGAGAUAAUCUCGGAUUCGGACGAGUCCCCUUCAUCCCUCUCGUCUGUCGACAGUGAGGAAUCGUUCGCAUCCGCAAGGAUGGAAGAAUUGGAGAGCCCCGUUUUAACGGAUUCGGAAAAUUGAUGUGCAAUUUAGUUAAGGAUGCAGUGCAGAGAAUAUCUUAGCAUCAUUUCUCUUCAAAGUUUAUGAUUUUCUGUAGUUGAUGUGGUAAUAUUAUGUGUGUGAUUUGUGUUUUGUAGCAUUUAACAAGGGGAAUUGCGUGUAGACAUGUGCUUGAUGCAGUUUAGUUAAACAAUUAAUUAGGAGUGUUGUUAGAUCGAGCCGAGCCAAGUUGUGUUUGUAUUCGACUCGGUUUAAUUUAACGAUAUUAUUAAUGCAAAUUUAGUAUGUUACUAAGAUUGUAAGCAAAUUCAAGUGAAAGAAAUGCUCAACUUUUAUGAUUUGAAUUUUUGAAAAUA